AUGAUGUUGAACCGUAACAGGAUGCAAUCCGGAAGUUCCGAACAAUGCCAAUGGAUGGCAACGGAAACAUUAUCUGUACCAUCCAAAUAUUUUCAUGCAUGUGAAAAGGAAAUUUUAUUUUUUGACAACAUGUUUGCAGUCAUAAACAAUGUUACACUACAGAAUUCUAGAAACUCUAAUUCCAAGAAAGGCGAUUUUACACUUGCCCUGUUAUAUAAUUCCAAUCAUUGUAAGAAUCAGGUAGACUUAAGAGGACUACAUUUAAAAGGUUCCAUCCUUUCUUGGAUGAAGACUAUUCAGCCAAGUAAUGAAACGAUCUACAAUAAAACCCUUUCUUCUCAGAGAAUUGGCUUCCUCGCCUCAAGACACGAUGUGAAUAAUCUAUACCACACGAUGACUCUGAUUUAUAAUAUUGUUGUUGCAAAAAUUCUCCUACAUGUCACUCAUAAUAUAACUGUUGUUAUAUUUGUGGACACCCAUCAGGAGAAAACAAUUCUGCAGGAACUUUGGGAGACACUAUUUCAGGAAGUCGUACAUAUAAAGAAGGCGACCGCCACACUCCACUUUGGUACAUUGAUAAUGGUAAACUCUGGAUAUGACGGAUAUCUUAGCCACUUCCAGUUGCCACGUCUGCCAUUCAUUUCAGAAUUUACACAGUUCGUUGCCAAUAAAUUUAGGAUUUGCAACAACAAGAAAUUAAAUUGUUCUAGUAUCAAUAUUUUGAUUAUAUUGAGGCAAGAUGGCAGGAAUGAAGAUGGCUCCGUUAAGGUGACUGAGCGGAAAUUCUACAACGAAAGAAAGUUGCUAUCAGAGAUAAAGAAGUCACUCCCAGCACAUAGGGUAAGAGGGGUGAGACUUGAAAGUUUCCCUAUCAGAACUCAAUUUUCGUUUAUAUCCCAAACUGACUUUCUCGUAGGAAUGCAUGGAGCGGGGAUGACUUAUGCUCUAUUUUUACCAGAGCAUGCAGGCGUGCUCGAAUUGUUUAACGCGAACAGAGAUACUGGAAAUCUGAACUACAGAACAAUUUCAAAAUGGCGGAAAUUAUUUUAUCGGGCGUGGCAAAAUUAUAGGGUGGAAGAUGAAUUUCCGAACUUUGAGACCCGUUUUCAUGCUAGAAUUAUAAAGUAUUAUUUUCUGGAAUACAUUAGAUUUAAAUGCAAAAAUUAA